ACACAUUGUAAGUAAGUCGGGUUGUUUAUCACACACGGAUUCUACCAUCUCCGGAUCGUCUGUCUGCUUCUUCUUCUCCUUCGAUUCGACGAAUUUCUCCUCCCGACGUCGUCAUGUCUCAGGUUGAUAACAGAAACUCUUCAGCGGUCAAACGUGCCAGAACCGAUGGUGGUCGUAGAGAAGAUGACUGGACCUGUCCCAGCUGUGGGAAUGUCAAUUUUUCAUUUAGGACAACUUGCAAUAUGCGUAACUGUACUCAACCCAGACCAGCUGAUCAUAAUUCAAAAUCUGCUCCAAGGCAAAUGCUGACCCCACAGGGCUACUCCUCAACUGGUGCUUAUACAGGGUCUGCUGCACCCGCUUCAAUGUAUGUGGGUGUACCGCCGUAUGGUGCAUCCCUGUUUAAUGGAACAUCUAUGCCGUCUUAUGAUGCUCCAUUGUCUGGUGGAUCUGCUUAUCCUUACGUCUACAACAAUCGCCUUGCUGGAGGGAGCCCCUAUCGACCUCUGCAAUUUUCUGGCACGCCUCCUUAUUCUGGUGGUAUCUAUGGUUUACCUCAGCUGAUGGACCAAUUUGGUUUGCGUUUGCCCAUGGGCCAGACUGCUAUGGGAUCACAGCCUGGAAUUUUUCCAGAAGAGACAUCUAAGAAGAAAGACGGAACUCGAGAAAACGAUUGGGAAUGCCCAAAAUGUGGAAAUGUCAAUUUCGCUUUUAGAACAGUUUGUAACAUGAGGAAAUGCAGUACACCUAAGCCAGCUUAUCAGGCUGCAAAACCGGCCAAGAGUUCCAAAACCGACAUGCCUGAGGGAAGCUGGAAGUGUGACAAAUGUAACAACAUAAACUACCCUUUUAGGACCAAAUGUAACAGACAGAAUUGCGGUGCAGACAAACCAUCAGAAUCCCAGAAUCCACCUUCAGAAGAAGAAAACAAUGAGCAGUGAAGUGAGUUGGUCAGCUGUUGGUCUGAAAGUGAGUCAUGUCUCCUUGUUUUCUGUUGCUGCUGGUUAUCAAGUUACUUCGGUUUGUGAUUCGUGUUGUCAAAUUGUGGUCUCUUACAUUCAGAUACAUGUGUCGGUUGGGUAAGUGUUCUACAAUAUGUCGUUUUAUUGACUAGGUACUUCAUCGUCUUUGACUUGAACAUGGUUCUUGUUUAUCAACAAUUAGGAUUCUGUUUCAAAGUCAAUUGUGUAUCUUAAUUAGGAUGUGUGUGAGUGGUAUAAUCUUAAUAUGGCCAAAUUGUUUUUC